AUGCAAUUCAAAUCUGUUGUUAUCGCUUUAACUGCCGUCUCUGCCGUCUCUGCUGCCAACGCUUCCAACGGUAACAAUGGUACCAACGGUACCUCCAGCUCUUCUUCUGACUCUGGUGCUGGUGCUGUUGGUGCCGGUUUAUUCGGUGCUGCCGCUGCUGCCGUUUCCAAUAGUUAUAUCAUUAUCUUAUCAAAAAUGGAGGAUGUGCAAUGGAGUAACCCAUCGUUGGGACCGCAAAAUCCAGACACUUGUCUUGAAUUAGUUGAAGAAAACGUUGAUUUGUUCAAUAGUUCAAAUCAGGCCCAACAAGCUCAACAAGCUCAGCAACAAGACCAACAGCUGGCUUUCCCAAAUCAACCUUUUAAUAAUGGGUAUAGUGGAAGUCCUAAUUUUUAUGAUCAAUUUACAACAUCUCAACAACAAAAUCAUGGAUUUUUACCUGAAUUUAAUUAUAACGGGCAUCCCGAAAACCAUUCAAAUAAUUAUAAGAAUAUCAAUCCUAUUGAUGACCCAUAUCUUUCAAAUAAUAUCACCAGUCAUAACUUUGAUAGUAAUCAUGCCCCAACUGGUACCAGUAGCUCCAUAAGUUCAUUUUCAUCUCCAGUUACCAAUCCGACAAGAUUCAAUAUAAGAACUGAAGGAGGUUCCCAAACAGCGGAAAAUAAUAAAGUCCCUUCUCCAGAUACUUCCUCUACAUCCACAUCUGCUCUAGAUACGGAAAAACCACUUACAAAUAACAAUGGCAAAACAAAACAAAAGGCAGGUCUGGCAAAGUCUAAGAAACAACUAUUAGAUGAACAAGAUGCUCUAUUAAUGGCCCGGGAUGAUUCAGAAUUAAAUGAAGAAGAAUUAGCGAAAAAGAGGAAAGCUCAAAAUAGAGCAGCCCAAAGAGCUUUUAGAGAGAGAAAAGAAACUAAAUUAAAAGAUUUAGAAAUAAAGUUACUUCAAAGUGAAGAUGAGAGACAAAAAUUGUUACAGCAAUUAGACCAAAUUCGACAACAUAAUCUCACAAUGCAAACAGAGAAUCAAUUAUUGCGUUCGGGCAAUGAUGCUCCAAGUCACCAUAUUGGCCUUUAUGCUGAGCACGCUAAUAGAGGUGCCAAUAAAUUUACUUUUCCCCAAAAUCCUCGUGAAUUUGUUGAAAGCUUAUAUGCUGGUACUUCACACGAAAUAAAAGAUGAAACUUAUAAUAAAAUAUACGAAGAACCUGAUGAACCUGGUAAAAAAGUUUUGGCCGUUGGUGCUGUUUGGGAUUAUCUACAAAUCAAAGCCGAAAAACCUGAAUAUGAAGGUAAAUUAGAUUGCUAUGAAGUUAUGCUCAAAUUAAAAGGUAGUGAAAAAUGUCACGGCUUUGGCCCAGCUUAUCCACUUGAAUUGGUCGAUAAAGCAAUUAACGAUGUCGCCAAUGGAAUUUGA